UAAAAAUCGUUAUAAGUAUGACCAGGUCACGCUUUAAUCUUGAUCUCCGUUCACAUGCACGGUUUACCUCCCACAGCAGCAUUAAAAGACAGCCGACAAGCACCCUUAGACCAAGUUUACUGUCUUAAUUUCUUCUUACUGCAGCAAUUAUUGUCCUAAUCAAAGUUCUGUCUUUCUUUCUCUGCCACUAGCUAGCUCUCUCUCUCUCUCUUGUCACUGGCUCGCUCACUCACACGCACAGAGGCCCUCUUGGUUUUUGUCUCAAGAUUGGGAGUGUCUAGAUUAGUGAAAGCAAAUUAAGAGAAAAAUGGGGUCUGUUUCUCUGAAAAUAGGAGAGGGAACAGCAAGAUUCAAGAGGGUAUCAGUGUGUUCCUCAGCAGUAAAUUUGCUGAUGCUUUUCUCAGUAAUCACCACAAAUUUAUUUGCUUGGUAUGCUUUCUCGUACCAUCCCAAAACCCUUCAUAAUCAUCACUAUCCCGAGAACAUAUCUUUGAUCUCCGAAAGAGUGAGCUUAAUCCUUAGAGAGAUUGAAUCUUCGCAGAAAAAGCUAGCCCAGAUGGAGAAACAGAUCUUAGGCUAUGAAAGCAUCGAUCUUUCGAGACCCAACAUCGCAAAUGAGCUUAAAGAGUUCUUAAACAGCCAUCAGCUGCCUUUGGGGAAAGAUUCAAGAACUGGGAUCACUGAAAUGGUGGCAUCCGUGGGGCAUUCUUGUGAGAAAUCUGCGGAUUUGCUGUCUCAGUAUAUGAGUUAUAAAGUGAAUGGACUUUGCCCUGAUGAUUGGAGUCUUGGCCAGAAGCUGAUUCUUCAGGGAUGUGAGCCCUUGCCUCGAAGGAGGUGCUUUGCCAAGACGAUUCCUAAGAUGGGUUUGCAGCCUUUUCCUGUUUCACUAUGGAAGAAUAUUAGUGAGAAGAUAUAUAGUUGGAGUGGUUUAGGAUGUAAGAAUCUUGCUUGUUUGAACAGUAAGAAACUGAAUAGGGAUUGUGCUGGUUGUUUUGAUAUUGUUCAUGGAUAUGAGACUCAAAAGUAUGUUAAGCCCCGAAGCAAGAAUGAUUUCCUUAUUGAUGAUGUGUUAGCUAUGGGGAGUGGUGGGACUAGAAUUGGCUUUGAUAUUGGUGGGGGUUCGGGGACUUUCGCUGCUAGGAUGGCUGAGAGGAAUGUGACGGUAGUCACUGCCACUUUGAAUCUUGAUGCACCAUUUAGUGAAUUCAUUGCUUCCAGGGGCCUUUUCCCUCUGUAUUUGAGCUUGGAUCAAAGGUUUCCAUUUCAUGACAAUGUAUUUGAUUUGGUUCACGCUGCUAAUGGAUUGGAUGUUGGGGGACGACCUGAGAAAUUGGAGUUCUUAAUGUUUGAUAUCGACCGUAUACUGAGGGCUGGUGGAUUGCUUUGGUUGGACAACUUCUAUUGUUCAACCGAUGACAAGAAAAGUGCUUUAACACGGUUGAUUGAAAGGUUUGGAUACAAGAAGCUGAAAUGGGUGGUGGGAGAAAGAGUUAAUGGUUCAGGAAAAUCAGAAGUUUACCUGUCUGUUGUUCUACAGAAACCAGUAAGAGCAUGAUACAACCGAUGUUCUCCAGGGAAGUUUAGGAUUCAAGAGUAGAGCUGCAGUUGUAAUUCUUGACUUAUACAUGAUAUAAUUCAUCGAGAUGCAUUAGUUUACACGCUCAUGAUUCCUUUGCAAUGUCAAAUAAGUGAAUGCAAUUGGAUCUUUCGUAACACGGUCAUCAAUAUUCUCUACCAGAAAGCUUCUAGAUUUUCUGCAGUAAGGUCUGAUACCAUUUCCGUCUGUAAUGUUUAUAUCACUAAUUUGAUAACAAACCAAUAUAGCUCAAGAUCAUUUUGCAGUUCAAAUUAUUUGGUUACAUAAUA